AUAAUUGAUAUCUAUUUUUAGCCACUAAUUAAACUUUUAGUUUUAAUAGACCAAAAUUUGAUUAUUCAUAAUCAUUAUGGGUGUUACAACUUUUACUGAAGAAAUUAAUUCCCCUAUAACACCAAUUCGUUUAUUUAAGGCUUUAAUUGUGGAUUCAAAAUCCUUAAUACCAAAAUUAUUACCUCAAUUUGUUGAAAAUGUUGUUUUAUUACAAGGAGAUGGUGGAGCUGGAAGUAUUGAACAAGUAAACUUCACAAAAGGUAACCCUUUUGAGUUUGUGAAACAUAGAAUAGAUGAAUUAGAUAAAGAAAAUAUGGUGUGUAAAUACACAAUGAUUGAAGGGGAUCCAUUGGGACAAAAUCUUGAUUUUAUUUCAUAUGAAAUAAAAAUUGAAGAAUCCAAAAUUAAUAUUGGAGGAUGUAUUUGCAAAAUGACAACAAAUUAUCAUGGAAUUGGUGAUUUUUUUGCCAAAGAAGAAGAUAUUAAAGAUGGAAAAGAUAGUGCUAAGGGAAUUUAUAAAACUGUUGAAACCUACUUAAUUCAAAAUCCAAAUCUUUAUGCUUAAUUAAUUAAUUAAAAUAAAGCCUAUAUGAUUUGGUUCCCCUUUUUAAUUAAUAUUUUUGUUGUUGUUGUUGAAGAUAUAUAGCAUUUUCAACCAUGCUAUAAAAAAUUUAUAUUCAAAUUGAUGCAAGUUAAAUGUUUAUUUUGGGCUAAAUUUAGUUCAAUACACUUUUUAAUAAAGCUUGUGUGACUCUCUCCUAAAGGUUUUUCUAUACUUCAUAAGUAUUUUUCUUUUUAAUUAUUGAUGUGAGAUUUUUUAUCUGAGUACUUAAUAAUUUUUUCGUCAAAUUAAGUUUCACAAUGUUUAUCACCAAGAUUCAUAGGCUAACGUAUGGCAUAGCGUCAUUAUUUAUGAUCAUCAAAGUCCACAACACAAGCUUCUUUUGCCGUGUACAUCUCCAAAUUAUUAAUAACAACAGAUAUAUAGUAAAUAAGACCUCACACAUAAUUAUCGUCAUAUUCAUACUCCUCUCGUUAAAUAUCAUGAGCUAAAUCAUCUAAAAAUGCAAUCUUAACAUGUUAGUUAAUGUUCCCUUUAAACUAAAUCAAUGAGAUUUUCAAUAAAAUAUGUCACACUAUUAUUAAAAAAUAAAUAUAUAUUCCUACAAUUCAUAUGUUGAUUUUUUAAUAUCUAUAAAAAAAAUAAAAGAGAGCAAAAUUAAGAUAUAGCAAUUUGUAUGUUGCUGUGAAUUAGAUUCCUUCUUAGCUUCAUAUAUGUUAAGUUAAUAUUCCUUCAAUCCAAACUAAAUAUAAAUUAAUUCAUCAUAUGAUUAACUAACUAAUUAAUUAAUUAAGUACGUUCCUCUUAAAAGUAUAAAUGAUCUUUCCAAUCUUCCUUUUAUAUACUUUAUAAAUACAAAUAUAAAUUAGAAAAAAAGGAAAAAAAAAUAAUUAAUUAGUAUCAACCCCUUUGGAAUCUAUUAUGGAGUUACGUGGAUAUAAUUAUUACUAAUUGUUUUCUUGGCAA